GACAGCUGCCAGUGCAUGUCAGGAACAGCUCAGGAGCCAGUCUCCCCCAGCAUUGGUCCUCCAGGCUGGAGGGGAUCUCCAGCCACUGAGGCCGUGUCAGAGCAAAGGCUGAGCUCCUGGGAGCUGGCUGGGGCUUUGCUCAGCCUGCCUGGAGUGUCCUCUCUCUGACACUUCAGCAUCUCUUCUGGGAGCCAAACACUGGCACAGAGGUGGGCUCCAGCAGGACCAAAGGGCUGUGCUAAAGCUCACCCACCCUUCAGUCAACUUUACCUGUUCCUCUCUCUACCUGUGCAGGCUCAGCAAAAGGAGGUAAAGAGACUUGAGUUGAACUCCUAAGACUUCUCACCCCUCCUGGGGAGCAGAAAUGGGGGACUGGAGUUUCCUGGGAGACUUCCUCGAGAAGGUCCACAAACACUCCACAGUGGUGGGGAAAGUCUGGCUGACCGUGCUCUUCAUCUUCMGGAUGCUGGUGCUGGGGACAGCCGCAGAGUCCUCCUGGGGGGACGAGCAGUCUGACUUCAUGUGUGACACGCAGCAGCCUGGCUGCGAGAACGUCUGCUAUGACAAGGCCUUCCCCAUCUCCCACGUCCGCUUUUGGGUCCUCCAGAUCAUCUUUGUGUCCACCCCAUCCCUGGUGUAYAUGGGCCACGCGAUGCACACAGUGCGCAUGGAGGAGAAGAGGAAGAUGAAGGAGGCAGAAAUAGAGGCCCGGGARAUGAAGAACGGUGGUGACAAAUACUACCAGCAGAAGAGCUCUGUGGCAGAGAAGGCUGACCUGUCUGGCUGGGAUGAAUCAGGAGGCCAAAUCCUACUCAGGGGCAGCCUGCUGAACACCUACGUCUACAGCAUUUUGAUUCGAACUGCCAUGGAAGUGGCCUUCAUUGUGGGGCAGUACGUCCUGUACGGGAUCUUCCUGGAGACCCUGUACAUCUGCCAGCGGGCACCGUGCCCCCACCCCGUCAACUGCUAUGUGUCCCGCCCCACAGAGAAGAACGUGUUCAUUGUCUUCAUGCUGGCUGUGGCGGUGCUCUCCCUCUUCCUCAGCCUGGCCGAGCUCUACCACUUGGGCUGGAAGAAAGCCAAGGAGAGGUGCUCCCGGUCCUACAAUGCCAGCCCCAGCACAGCCCCCAGCAGGCUGGAGUCUGCCCCACAGGCAGAGAGGGCCCAGAUGUACACCCCCCCACCRGAUUUCAAUCAGUGCUUGUCGACUCCCAACGGCAAAUUCAUCAGCCCCUUCAGCAACAAGAUGGCCUCCCAGCAGAAUACUGCCAACUUCGCCACUGAGAGGGUCCACGGCCAGGAGGACGCUGCUGGGGAAGGGCCCUUCAUCAAGUCAAGCUACGUGGAGAGUCCAGAGGCGGCCAGCGAAUGUGCAGCACCCGCCUUCCCCGAGAACUACUUCAAUGAGAAGCGCCGGUUCAGCAAGGCCAGCCGCGCCAGCAGCAAGGCAAGGUCGGAUGAUUUGUCUGUGUGACCUGUCUCCAGCAGAGAUGAGGAGAAGUAGCAGCCCCAGCACUCAGUAAAAUUUCUGCAAAGUGGACUCCAAACCCUUGCCCCUAACCUGUCUGUUUUUACACCCACUCUSUAUCCUUUCCAGCAAUCAUCAUCGUGCACUGCAGACUGCACCUCUAACAGCUCAAGGCAGGGGCAGCCACAGGUGCUGAAGAGAGGCACCUCAGUCCUGGGAUACAAAACCUUCMGCCGUAGUUUUGUCAUGGGACCCACAGGGAUUAUGGACUCCCCACCCUUAUCAUGGUAAAGCACAAGCCAGCAGAUCCUGAGGCUGCCCAGCGGGUGUCCRCUGCGACACUGUGUUCAACACAACAGACCUCAAUCCUCUUACAUCUUCUGUGGUCUUCAUUCAACGUUUGAAACAUCAGCUUGGCAAUUACACUGARCUGAAGGUUCUCUCACCUGCAGGAAGCAGAAACACACCAGUAGGUUCUCUGAAAGAAAGAUUUUCUCAUCUGCUUUGUUUUGGCUCUUUCUCCCCCUCCCUUUCUCUACCUGAGCCCAGAUAUUUUAUACCAGUUUACCUACACAAUAAAUCCUACUUGAAUUUUUUGACACUGUGUAUAUAACAACUCUUCCCCAUAAAUAAGCACAUCCGUGGUCCCCAAUGCACAGCUGUCUCAUGUCUCACACUGGAAUCCCUCCCUCAUUCCUAAGUCAGCACAGCAGACUGGCCCCAGGGAAAUYGCUUAGAUGACCAGUUGAUGAAGACUAGGGAAUUUUCCCAAGAUACUUAUAUCAUCAAUCCCAAGCAAGACAUCCAUUAACAGAAAUAGAGACUCUCCUGUGAGAACAGAUAUUUUACAAGUAAAAAAAAAAAAAGGAAUUAUCAUGUGGAAACAAAGUGGUUUUCCCUUUUUUGAAACUCAGCUUUCAAGCAACCUGAAUGCUGCUGAAAGGGUGCUGCCAGCUGCCACUUGAGAGCAAAGCAUCCUCUGUUGAUCUGCAGAAGAGGUACGGCCUGUGUCUUCUCACCAACCUACCAAAACACUUCAUCAUCUUUUACAAGCAGAAAAUCUUCCUCAGGUCCUGCCAUCAUUUAGCUCCUGCCUGCUCUCUCAAGCUUGCCAGCCAGCACAAGCCAAGUUGUUUGUCCCCACAGCAAGUCUCUGCUCUGCCACCAAGCCAUUAUCUCCACUCCCCUCUCAUUAUCUAGCACACGUGGUGUUAGAAACCACCCAUGGACCGGGUCUUUCCACCGCUGCAGCCUCUCAGAGCAACCACCGGGGCUGGAGGCUGCGCUGUGAGUCUGGUGAGUGAGCUCUGCAGGCAGCCCCCAUUCAAGACACAUUUUCUCAGUGCAGAGCUGACAUGCCUSUGUUAAAGAUACCUGCUAAACAGAGCUGAGCUGCUCCCUGUCAUUUACCCUGCACUGCCCUUUCAGAUACAGGCCACAGCUUCCCAACACUGGACUGCACAAACAAAUGGCCUYGGACCAGCUGAGGAGGGGACUGAGCCAUUCCCUCUCUUAGGGCCACUGAGAGUGAAUCCCUGCUCCUGAUACACAGCUUUGGUACAGCUCCCUGCGCAUAUACGUACACAUUCACACUCAGAUGGGGGAAACCAUUUUUUUCUGUUUGUAAGUUUUUAUAUAUUUGUAUUUUUUAAUCCUGAAAAGACCUGUGUGUUCUCCUUAACAUGAGAUUUUAGUCA